CACGUGGUCAAAGAUGCUGAGGCUGAAGAGACUGGGAAAACGUGCAAAAGACUGAAGCAAAACACUCACAGUCACUCGGGAUGGUGAUGUACUGAAAGACAUGGCUGAGUUUGGUUGGGGUCUGUCAGAAGACUUGGUGCAGAAAUCUCAGCAUGAACUAGGGGAAGAUCAAGCACGCCGAUUUGAUGACUUAUCUGAUGUCAGGGAGCAGAUUGAAACUCGACCAGAUAUAACAUUUUUGAGAACAGACGAUGCAUUCCUUCUGAGAUUUUUAAGAGCUAGAAAAUUUGACACAGUGGAAGCUUUCAAGUUAUUUGCAAGAUACUUUGAGUUUCGUCAAAACAAUCCAAGUCUUUUCAAGAACUUCAAUGCCUCUGAGCCCGGUAUCAAAGCCUCGCUAUAUGACGGCAUUCCCAGUGUGUUACCGAACUGUGACCCCCAAGGGAGGCGAAUCAUUGUGGUCUUUGCUGCUAACUGGGACAGUGGUAGAUACCAGCUACCCUCAGUUUACAGGGCAAUACUGCUAACGUUAGAGAAGUUAAUUGACGAUGAGGCAUGUCAGAUUAAUGGAUUUGUCAUUGUGGUGGAUUGGAGUCAGUUUACAUUUGGCCAAUCUAGGUCAUUGAAUCCAAAAGUUUUAAAGCAAAUGGUGGAGGGACUUCAAGACUGCUUCCCUGCAAGAUUUGGUUCCAUUCACUUUGUAAAUCAACCCUGGUACAUUGAAGCUAUCUGCAAGAUCAUCUUGCCAUUCCUGAAAGAAAAGAGUAGAAGAAAGAUACACAUGCAUGGGAUCAAUUUGGGAACUCUCCACAAUUUUAUCCACAAGGAAGCCUUACCUGCUGAGCUUGGAGGAACGUUGCCUGAACACAAUAUCAUGAACUGGGCUGCUGAGCUUAUAGGAGAUGAAAGCUUCAGUUUUGGUGAUAAACACAUAUACUGGCCAGAGCAUUGUUUUAUUAAGAAAAGGUCAGACACAUUCCCUUCCGCUUUCCAUUUGAAACAGAAAUGGGACCAAAAUAGAGAUUUUACAAGAAACACCACUCUGGAUGAAGAUUUCUUCCUUAUAGACUGAUUAAUUUGUAAACGUAUGGAGAGUCGACUGAGAAAUCUUCAUUUUUUAAGUACAUGUACAUUUAAAGUACUCAGCUGUGUGCACUGCAAAGGUCUUAAUUUUGCAUAGUACUUUUUGAGUAUCAAUAGAUUUGUUUGCUAUAUACAUGUAUACAUACAUUUGAUAUUAUCCAGAUAUUUCCUUGUGCAAUAUUAUUCAUGCAGCUGUAAGAAUAUGCCAGUUCACUUGUUGAAGAAUUUGAGAAAAUACUCUUUGGUUUUGUUUUAUGUGUCUGCUCAUAAUCCCUGCCAACAGUGUUGGAGGCAUUUUAUGUUUUUAUGCGCCCGGAUCAAUAAAUCCAAGGCGUAUAUUGUUUUCGUCCUGUCUGUUAGUCUGUUUGUUUUCAACUUUAACCUUUGCCAUAACUUUUGAAACAUGAGAGAUAGAGACUUCUUAUUAGAUAUGCAUACUCUACAAAAAAAGUUCUUUCAAAUGACAUCAAGGUCAAUGACCUUGACUGUGACCUAUAUGCUAAAAAUAGCUUUAUCGAACUUUUGCAAUAACUAUUGAACCAUGAAAGAUAUAGACUUCAUAUUUGGUAUUCUUACUCCACUAAUGAAGCUCUUUCAAUUGACACCAAGGUCAUUGACCUUGUGGCCUUGACUGUCACCUAUAUGCUAAAAAUAACUUUCGAAAUUUGGCCAUAACUUUUGAACCAUGAGAGAUAAAGACCUCAUAUUUGGUAUGCAUCCAAUACUAAUUAAACUCUUUCAAAUGACACCAAGGCCAUUGACCAUGUGACCUUGACUGUGACCUAUAUGCUAAAAAUAGUUUUUUGGAACUUUGUUGCCACGGGGCACAUAGUGUUUCACAAACACAUCUUGUUUUUUCCGUUUUGUUUGUUUAUAAUUGCUAGAUUAAUCAAAAAAGGAUUUUAGUUAAUGAUCAUAUAUUUAAGCCAGAAGGUUGAGUUUGUUUCCUGAUUGAUUUUUUUUUAAAUUUUGAUUUAUGCAAAGCUGUUGUUAAUUGUAAUUCUAGAAGUUUACUCCUACAAAAUUACUAAAGAAAUACAUUUUGAGUUUAUAAUCAUUUUUUUUUUCCAAAACAAAAAAAGAAACAAGGAAUUUUUAGAACAAAGUAUGACCAAAGGUUUUAUGGAUGAAAUUACAAAAUUAUUCAUGAAAAUAAUUCAUGAUUUAUUUAAAGUAUACAUGUAUUCAUUAUGUUAUUUUUUUAUUGACUCAUGGAUUUUGAUUUUACAUGUACAUGUAUUAUGGAAAGUAUUAUCAACAAUGAUAUAAAAGUAAACUGUAGUCCUUACUAGUGUCACUAGCUGUCUCCACAGAGUACAGAUAAUUGUUUACAGCAUAGUACAAGUACUUCAAAACAAAUACAAAUUACACAAUGUACAUUGAAAUGAUCUGAAGGGUUUUGUGCAAUAUAGUUUGACUGUGGUCAUAAAGAUUAGUGUGGGCUAGAGACCCGGACUGAAAAACUUCUGCAGUGUAUUUGUUCAACUGUAAUGUUAUAAUUGUUUCUCCUACUCCUUAGCCAUUUGAAUGAAUGUUGGUUUAUUAAGACUACUGUACAGAUCGAUGUCUAGAUACAUACACAUAUAUUUUAAAAGAAAUCAAUUGAAAUAAAACAGAAAAAAGUGACGGAGGAAAAAAAGAGAUUAACCCAACAAAACAACAUGCAUGUGCACCAUUUUCACAAAAGCUAUCUACUUAAAAAAAAUUGUUUGACUGCUUGUUGUUUUUUUUUCUGUAAUUUAAUGUCUGAAAUUUGAUUUCCAUCUGUGUACAAUGUUGGAAUAAAAAACAAUACAAAUUCUUAAUAUCAAGUGCCAAUUUCUGUAUGGGACAAUAAAAUGUGCAUUAUCAUAAAUUACUUUCAAAAUUUUUUUUUUUCAAAAAAUGCAUCCAUGUAUUGACUAUAUACAGUUGUAAGCUAUACAUGUAAUUGUAUGCAAAUUUUACACUUGGUUUGUUAUGCAGUUAUUGCAAUAAGUUCACAUGCACUUUCAUACUGAAUGUAAGCCAGUGUAAAGUUUGAAUUUCAAAGUAUUUUAUACUUGUUUGGGAUUUGUAGAUCUAUUGUGCUCUACAACUAGGUGUUCCUGUCAUUUACUUAGAAGAACAUUUAUUGCCAUUUCUUGUGUAAAUGCAACUUAAAAUGAUAAUUUGAUUUAACAGUACAACAGAUAGUGACAGUCACUGCUAUUUCUAAGAUUUAAAAAAUGCAUUUUCAAUGAAAUUUAUGAAGCUAUACUUUCUAGACAAUUUCAAUAUUUCUUUCCUUGUGUAAAUUUUGCUACAUGCAUGUGUGGUUCAUUGAUUUUGAAAUAAUUGAAUUGUUAUGAAUUUUGUUUUCAGUAUUGUCUGAAUAAAUAUU